UCCUAUCUUUCCCGAUUACGUUAUCUCAUCACUGCACUUUCACACAACUGAACUCACUCGCCGGAGCUUCAAAAUUCAACCUUACCAAUGGACGUUCUUCUUCCCUCCACCUCCUUUCGCACCGUUAAUCUGAAGUCGGAAUCCUUCCGUACAUUCUUCUCAACAAAUCGGAACCGUCGCUCUUCCGACACCCUGAAAUGUCGCCGAAAAACGACAUCAACUGAACUCCAGGCAGCCGUCGACGUCGCCGCCCGGGCUGACAACGGUUCUCCUUCGAUUCCAUCUCAUAAGGUCACCGUUCAUGAUAGAGAGAGAGGCGUUGUUCAUGAAUUCGUUGUUCCUGAGGACCAGUACAUAUUGCACACUGCUGAAGCCCAGAGUAUAACACUUCCAUUUGCUUGCAGGCACGGUUGUUGUACUAGUUGUGCUGUUCGAAUUAAAUCAGGCGAAAUUAGACAGCCAGAAGCCCUUGGAAUAUCUGCUGAGUUGAAAUCAAAGGGGUAUGCACUUCUUUGCGUAGGUUUCCCGUCCUCAGAUGUAGAAGUAGAAACCCAAGAUGAGGAUGAGGUAUAUUGGCUUCAGUUUGGAAGAUAUUUUGCUCGAGGACCAAUUGUAAGUACUUUACUUAAAUCUAUCAAAAUUUACCAAGAGAUUAACAAAUAUUGAAAGAAAAGAAAAAAAGUAAAUAAAAAUUUUCUUUGUAGUAAGUUAUUUUAAACAAUUUACUAAAUUGUCCAGGAGAGAGAUGACUAUGCUCUAGAGUUGGCCAUGGCUGAUGAGUAAACCAUUGACUCUGGAAGAUCUAUGAAAAGAAAAAUGACUGUAAGAUUCCUGUAGAGGAGCAUUACUCUGCUCAACUUCAUCUUCUUUCUUUAUUUCUAUGAUCUAUGACUGUUAAUAUCAUAUGAGAAUGAAAUUAUUAACCUAAUGUUGUUUUGGACA